AUGGCCGACAUGACUCAGGUUCCCAUCAAUGGCAACUACCCUGCCCAGCACGGUUACCCCGAAUCCUACAACCAUGCAUCUGUCACUAUGAACACUGCUGCCAGCUUCCAGCCUGCGCAGUCCUCCACCCCGACAACCGCCACGCCCACCGACCAGCAGAAGAAUGAGAUCUCCAAGGAUGAGGUGGGCUGGUACUUUGUCGAGCAGUACUACACCACCAUGAGCCGCAACCCCGACAAGCUUCACCUGUUCUACUCCCGCCGCUCUCAGCUGGUCUUCGGCACUGAGGCUGAGUCGGUUCCCGUCACCGUUGGCAGUAAGGCCAUCAACGAGAAGCUCAACUCGUUGAAGUUCCAGGACUGCAAGGUGCGCGUCCUGAACGUUGAUUCUCAGGCAUCUUUCGACAACAUCCUGAUCUCUGUCAUUGGUGAGAUCUCCAACAACUCCGAGCCGUCCCGCAAGUUCGUGCAGACUUUCGUCCUCGCUGAGCAGCCCAACGGCUACUAUGUUCUUAACGAUAUCUUCCGGUACAUGUAUGAAGAGCUAGAAGAAGAACUCGAGCAGCCCGCCCCGGCUGCACCUGCUGAAGCCCCUGCGGCCGCUGCCGAGGUUCCCGCUGAGGAGCCCCAGGUAGUUGAUGAAGCCGCUAUCUCCCAGGUCGAUGAGAAGCUUGAGGAGGUUGAGGCAAACGGUCAGGUUGAGGAGCCCAAGGAGGCUGCUCCCCAGACCAACGGCGCUCCCGUUGAGGAGACCCCAGCUCCUGUUCCUGCCGUCGAGGCUGAAAUUGUGAACGACGAGAAGCCUGUCACUCCUGAGCCCACUCCCGUUCCCGAGAAGGAGGAGGUUCCUGAGAAGGAGACAGCCACUCCCGCUGCCCCCAAGACUUGGGCUAGCAUUGCGACUACCUCUUUCGCUGCUAAGGCCGCUGCUGCCGCCAAGGCUUCGGCCGCCCAGGCUGCUCCUGCUCAGGCUGCCCCUGCUGCUCCUAAGGCUGCUGCUCCCGCUGCUCAGGCCCCCGCCGCUCCUGCUGCUGCCACCCCCGCCCCCGCGGAGCCUGCCCGUCCCCAGGAGACCCCUUCCACCGAAGCCGGAUGGCAGACCGCCGGCGAUGGUCACAAGAAGUCGCAGCCCCGUGCUGAGGAGACCGUCCUUGCCUAUAUCAAGAACGUCAACGACAAAGUCGACGCCAGCCUGCUCAAGCAAACCCUGGCUCGUUUCGGCAAGCUGAAGUACUUCGAUGUCAGCCGCCCCAAGAACUGCGCCUUUGUUGAGUUCAACGAGCCCUCCGGUUAUACCGCUGCCGUUGCCGCCAACCCCCACCAGAUUGGCAGCGAGCAGAUCCUCGUUGAGGAGCGCCGCCCCCGUGGCAAUGCCUACGGCAGCAACGGCUUCCCCGCCGGCCGUGGCGGUGGUGCCGGUCGUGGUCGUGGUGACCGCGCUGGCAGCCAGGGCCGUGGUGGCUUCCAGCGUGAGGGCCGUGGCAGCUUCACUCCCCGUGGCCGCGGUGGGAACGUUGCUGCCAAGGGUCGCCCCAGCCAGGCCCAAGCCGCUUAA